GAAACUGAAUUAAAUUCGAAUUUCAGAAAACUCGAUUAGGUUUCAUUCGAAUUGAGAGGGAAAUCAAUUAUCUUCAUUUGCUUUGGGAGGGAAAUCAAUUGUCUUAAGCAGCAUUGGAAGAAUCGAGAAGCAAGAGGCGCAGAAGUAUGGCGACUGACAAAGAAGAAGAUGAAGGGGAAAAGUUCACAAUUGAGGAGACAAACUUUUUGACUUCCGUCUACCUGAUCGUCUCCGAAGAGCAGACCAUCCUCGACAGCAGCCACGGAGUUUUCUGGUUUUGCCUCGGCAUCAAGUUCAGAGAGAUGAAGCCGGCGUGGGUCCCUGAUCGCGACUACGACCAGCUGCGCCACCACUGGGCCCGAGUGCACAAGGAUAUCUCCAAAUUUGGCGCCAUCGUUGCCGACUGUGAAAAGGUGUGGGGCCGGAGCCAUGGCGAGCUUUACGCUCACUAUCAGGCCAAGGAAGUUUUCUUCACCACUCAAAGAAGGAAGUUCGAGUUCGCCGAUGUCUGGGAGAUGCUCCGUAUCCACAACAAGUAUUGCUCCAACAGAACCAAAGUCGAGUAUUCUACCAGCGCUGCAAUCGAUGAAUCGAGAAGCAAAAGCUGUAGAAGUGUGGCGACUGAAGAAGAAGGGGAGAGUUUCACAAUUGAGGAGACGAAUUUUUUGGCAUGCGCCUACAUCCUCGUCUCGGAAGGAACAGUCGACCUCAGCAGCAGCAGCGAAGUUUUCUGGUUUUGCGUCGCCGAAAAGUUCAAAGAGCUGAAUGCUGCGGGGGUGCCUGAUCGUGAUUCCGACCAGCUGCGCAAGCACUGGGACCGGGUGUAUAAGGAUGUCUCCAAAUUUUCCGCCAUCUUUGCCAGCUGUCAAAACAAGUACCAACAGGCGAAGGAAGCUUUCUUCCGCAAUGAAGGAAGGAUGUUCGAGUACGAGGAUAUCUGGGAUUUUCUUUGGGACAGGAAGAAGCUUUGCUGCAGUUCCGAGGGGGCUUCUAGUGGCUCGAAGAGAAGCAAUGUGGAGGACUCAAUGGGUGAUGCUUCCUCUCCAGCGACGCCAAGGAGUCGAUCCAUGGGGACUAAAGCGGCCAAGAGGAAGGGGAAGGCGAGCAUUGCACCCGCCCAAGACCCUCAACUCACUGAGUACUCAAAGAUCGCGGAAGCGAUGCUGAUCAAGGAGUACUCGAGGAUGCUAGCGCGAGAUACGUAUAUGAGCAAAGAGAAUAGGAAAUUUCAUCAAGAGCUGCUUGAUUUUGUUAGAAGCAAAGUGAUUCGGAAGUAAUUUAAGGUUUUAAAUUAUGCAUGGUUCGUUUUUUAAUUUACUACUAGUAGAUUUUAAAUUAUGUAGUUUUCAAACUGUUUUCUCCACUAUUUUGUGAUUGUUGGGUUGACUGAGAACAGAAAUGUCAUGAGAAAACUAGCAACUUCACCAGAUUUGUUUCUUUUGUUUGACAGUCCCCUCAUAUGGAGUAAUGUUCAAAAUGUUGUUAUUGAUUUGAUUUUGCCUUAGUUAUUCA